CAGUACUCUUCGUCAACUGCUAUCGCAACAUUUGACUGGCAUAGGUGGCUACGUGAAUAUCUUCCGAUGCUGCAAGCAAGAUCUAAAUGGUUGGAUGUAAAGCGUAACCUACAACCUGGUGAUCUCGUCCUAGUUAACAGUACUGACACAGAGAGGUUUCUGGCAAAGGCUAUAGUUAAGCAGGUGUACUAUGACCAAGAUGGCCGCGACAGGACGGUACGUUUGAAAACUGCAACUCAAGAAGUCGAACGGGAUAAGAAGCGUAUGUUUGUUGGAAGAAGCAGACAAUUUGAAGGUUCCAGAUACGACAAGUCAACGUGGUGAUCGUUCGCGGGGUGUGUUAAUCGCGAUAGAUAGGUACAUAGAUUGACGGACAUCUAAUCGAUAUAUGUGACCAAUUGUCGCGAUUAUUGGCUAAUUUAAUGUAACUCUAACCACUUGAUGUGACCUUGAACGUUGUUUGUUUCCUGUCACUCUAUGGUGUGUGUGUGUGUAUAUGUAACUAAUUAACUGUUCAUUUUGUCUGUUCCUUCAGUACUCUUCGGUAUGUUUUUGUCUUUUCUUGAGUUACAAUGGAUUUGUGCCUUUCUUG